GAGCACGAGUCGGGCGUAGACCAGCUGCAAGAGAUGUUCCCAUCGUGGGAGCGCGAGUCUCUCGUGGACGUCCUGGCCGCGUUCAGCGGAGACCUCGAGAGAGCGUCGCACAAUUUGCUGCAGUGGACGAACCAGGGCGGGCAUCCUGAGAGACGCUUGGACGGGAGGCCCAAGGCGAAGCCUCAACCGGCCUCGCCGUACCCAGCCUUCUCGGCGCCCGCGGGUUCGCGAGCAUCUGGCAGCGGCGGGCGGGGCAGCCCGCGGAGCAGCCCAAGGGCGAGCAGUCCGCGGAGCAGUCCGCGAGCUGUGGCGCCUGCGCCGGCGCCGGCGAUGAUGCCGCGGCAAGAGUACGACAGGGUGAUCGCCGCUCGGCUCUCCCGCAAGUCCAACGCGCGGCUCCUGGGCCAGGCCGCGAAGGCCGCCGUGCACUGGCGGAGAAGAGCUCGCGAAGGUCACGAGGGAUGGAGAGCAGGAUCCGGGACAAAGGUAGCCUGGGCGGGCGAUAUCGGUGCUGGUCAAGCGCCGAGCAAGCCCAGCCACCUCACCAGCAGAGAAGAUCACAUCAUGGAGGGCAAGGAGCUUCUGAGGCAACGCUGCAUAUUCCUGGGCCUCAGAGAACUGGAGAUGGCUGAUGACGGCAACUGCCAGUUUCGCGCAGUUGCGCAGGAGCUCUUCGGCUCGCAG